CAAACCGCCCCGACAGGAAUCACCACAGAGUGACUCGCCUUGCACCUGCGGACGAAGCGGAGCUGCCGUGGCCAGGCCACGCCGCUUCCGAUUCACCUCGCCACCUCAUCCAUCGCGGCUUUGAAACGGCCUCGCGCUUUGACUGCGCGCGUCGAGUUGUAUUUGCCUUCUCCACUGUUGAAUCGCUGGCCUCGAGCUGCCAACUCGCCCGACCCCGCCGCUGGGUUACCUUUGCCGGUCUCGCUUCAAGCACAGCCCUGCACCAAGUUUUCUCUCCCACGCCGCAGCUCCCGUUUCACCUAUGGACGUCGGCCGCCCCUAUGCCUCGCUGCCGGGCCACCGCGCCCGCACGUCCCUCCGCUUCUGAACCGUCACAAUGCCGCCGCUGCUGUUGUCUUGAAAUGCCACACAUCAACCCGCCGUUGCGGCGUGAGCCACCUCUGCCAUGACCCGUAUCGCUGGGGUUGGAGAAGUUUCGUAAGCCGUCGCCUCCGCCGCUGCUGUAGCCAUCCGGGCCACCCCGUUGAAUCGCAGAAUGCCUUCGCCGGGUCCGCCAUGGCCCGCUGUCGCUGGGUCACCCCGCUUCUAUUCUCUUCCUGGCUAUUCCCCUACCCGUAUUCCACCACCUAUCUGUCAUCUCCUCCGUGACCGCACCCCGUUCUCCGGCAGCCCGCCGUCGACAUCCUCCAGGGUCCGCCCGGCAUCGGCCAUGGCAUCGCCGGUGCUCAUCUCUGACACCGACCAGUGGAAAGCCCUCCAGGCGCACGUCGGCGCGAUCCACAAGACGCACCUGCGCGAUCUCAUGACAGACAUCGACCGAUGCAAGGCAAUGACGGCGGAAUUUGAAGGCGCCUUCCUGGACUACUCGAGGCAGCAGGCCACCACCGAGACCAUCGACAAGCUCUUCAAGCUGGCGGAGGCCGCAAAGCUCAAGGAGAAGAUCGACAAGCUCUUCAAGACUUUCAGAACUGGCUCAUGGAUUGGGGCAACUGGGAAACCAUUGACAAAUGUUGUCUCAGUUGGGAUUGGUGGUAGCUUACUUGGACCUCUGUUUGUGCAUACGGCUCUCCAGACUGACCCGGAAGCAGCAUAAUGUGCCAAGGGCCGACAACUGAGAUUUCUUACAAAUGUUGAUCCUGUUGAUGUUGUAGGAGCAUCAAAGAUUUAGAUCUUGCAACAACUCUUGUUGUGGUUGUCUCAAAGACCUUCAUGC